GGAAGUAAAGCAACGUACACAACGCUGGCGGUGGUCACACGUGGGUACAGACGUCUAAUAAAGUAAUGUGGUGUAGUUAACUUGGUUAGAAAACAUGUCGAAGAGAAAGGCGGCUAUGACAGAAGAAAACACAGUCUCUGAGGUGGGACUCGCGGAGGAGGAGGUCCUGGACCCGCCGCCGGAGACCAGACGGACCCGCAGCGGCCGCAAAGUGCGCACUCCUGCCGCGUUGCUGGACUCAGAAGCCCCGGUGAGGACUCCCAGCCGGAGGACCAGGAGAUCUGUGCUCCAGGAGGUGCCGGCAGCAGAGGAGAAAAACACGGAGGAUUCAGAGCGGAAACUGGAUAGUGGGACCGAGGAGAAGCUCGGUAUGUGUGCAGAACCGGAGCCGUGUGCCGUGUCGGAGCCGCAGACAGAUACAGGCAGAGCCGAGGUUAACGGUGACGGAGAGACGCAGCUGUCCGGGCCUGCAGCUGCAGAGACGGCUCCCGCGAGUACCGAGGCCGCCCCAAAGAAGAAGCCUCGUCCGGCUUCAAGUGGAAAACAAAAUCCGGUCAUUCCGCUGGGAAAACCCAAAUCUGGGAGGACGUGGAAGGACCGGAACAAGCAGAGGUUCUCUGCAGUGGUUCGAGACAAACAGCUGUGCUCAUCGUGGGAGAAAAAGAUGGCGGCCAAGCGUGAGAAGCAGCUGGUGAAACAGUAUUCUUUGCAGCUUAAAGAGGAGAAAGACAGACAAAAAGAGGAAAAGAGGAAAAGGAGAGAAGACAACUUGAAACGUCGAGCAGAGAACGAACGCAAAGCAGAAAUUGUGCAAGUGAUCAAGAACACAGCGAAGAUCAAGAGGAUGAAAAAGAAACAACUCAGGAAGAUCGAGAAGAGAGACACUCUGGCUCUGCUGCAGAAGUCACAGAAGCAGAGCGUAAAAGCCAAAGGUCAAAAGAGUCACAAGACUGACCGAGAUUUGACCUCAAGACUGUGAGAUAAUAAACAUGCAUCAGUACUUUGCCCACGUGUCUUAUAUUCACAUGCCUGAAGUACAACAAACACAUUUCUAUGGAACAACAUAUGUACCAAAAGUUCUUAAAAUAGAGAAGUAUUAGUAAGUUAAAAAUGCUGCACAAUAAAUGUAAGUGCUGCCGGCCAGGUGGGCAGUAAGGUGAUCAUCAACUAAGAUUUAACUUUGUAUAAUUCUCUUUAGAGCCUGUGUGUCUGCAGAACAUCGCAUAUGACCAGCUUUGUAUCUCUUACAGGAUUUUAUAUGAAAUAAAAUUUUAAUUCUUACUGUU